GGCGCUGAGUCGCCCCAGCGCCGGGACACCAGAAACAGUCGGACGGUCUUGCCGUGAGGAUCAUUAAAAAUUCUCAUAAGACAUCCGAAUUACCCCACACCCUGUAUCAGUUGAUUCUAAUAAAGCGAAAACAAUCGAUCGCAGCGCGAUCAAUUCUGUGAUCCCAGUGCGAUAAAUCGAGUGUCGACUGAAUUCGAUGGUAAAACUGUGCUAUUAAUUGCGCGGGAUUACCCAAUUUUAACUGCACUACGGGAAUAAGCGGGAGUUUUUGGUUUCGUAUCGCCUCGUGUUCAGUGAAAAUCCACCAAAAUUACUCCGAAACGGUGUAAAAUGCUGGCCGCUUCGAUCCGCCGUGAGGUACACCUGAGCAAUAUGCUAUCCACGAGGAUGCAGUCGCGUGUACCCCGGUGUCUGUUCGGCCCACCAAAUCCCAAGGAGACGGUGGAAUUGCUCCAGGAGGCGUUGGACAUGGAGAGGAGCAAGUUCAUUAGUAGAUGGGGAGUCGAUCCACGUGACGAGGAUAAGGAGAAUUUUCAAAUUAUCAAGUGCGAGGGAAGAUCACCGAGGAAAAGUAGGACUGUACCAUACAACAGGCAAACGAGCAUUCACGACUACUGGAGAGCGAGGAAAUCGUGCGAUGUCAGCAACAAGAAGUCUUUAGUAUCAGCAUCAGAUAUGUCAAAAAAACCGCAAGACAUCCAAAAGCCCCAGAAUUGAGACUUGCAAUAGGAGAUGUACAUUAUUGAUCAAGACGAAAAUCAUGGAUGCUAUUAGAUUCUCAUGAAUCUAACUCAUCGCAGUGAUUAACGAUUUUCGGCUAUUUAUUACGGAUGAAGCAAACUGUAUAUUUAUUUUCUUUCCAUUCAUCAAAUCAUUGUAUCAAGCUAGAUGUAUUGAUUGUAGAUGUUAAGAAUGCUUGUCUUUAGCUUUUUGUACAUAAAUUUUUUUAAUGAUUAGUGGAGGUUUGGGUGGACUAUCGUGAGACUUUUAUCAUGGAAUUCAUCGAAUAAUGUUUCGAUCUUCACGAGAUGCCGGUGUCUCUUGUGUGGACCGAAACCAGUAUUAAGUGAUUAAGUUAGCUGUAUUAUUGUUCAAUUAUUGAUUGAUUUGUUUGUUACACAAUAAUUGGUGAAGGAGCUUUUCAUGAUUUCGUCUCACGUAUUGUUCACCGGAAGCCUGAAACGGUUGAUUCUUCAUUGAAGUCAACGAUGCAGCGCCUCCAAAGACUAAUUAACUGAUUGAUCAAUUAUCAAUAAUGAAUUAUGAAGGUCCGCAUAAAUCUUGUUCCUUUUUGUCGGGUUAAUGUGAGUACUAUGUAAAUCUGACUUUAGGAUUAUAUCAAUUCUAGUCAAUAAUCCUUAAGGCUUAAUCAAUUUAAUAAAAUAUUGAGCAGAUUUC